AUGUCGUCUGCCGAUAACGAGAAGAAGCUUUGGGUUGAAGCCGAGUCGCUUCGACGCAUUGCCUUCUUUGGCAUUUGCAUCAGCACCAUCGCUACCCUUACUGCUAUUGUCGCGAUUCCAGCCCUUUACAAUUACAUGCAACAUGUUCAAUCGACCCUUCAGACCGAGGUCGAUUUCUGCAAGCAUCGUACCAACGGGCUUUUCGAUCAGUAUGAGCGCCUUCAGCAAAUCAAGGGAGUUCGCGGAAAGCUGAUUGUUAAGCGUCAGGCCGGAUACGAGACCCCAUCGUACAGCACUGACGCUGCUGUUCAAGGAGGAUCGCAAUCUUCCGGAGGAUGCUGCUCGUGCAAGUCCGGAGCCGCUGGACCACCAGGACCACCAGGAACUGACGGACAAGACGGAAAGGACGGACUUCCAGGACCAGACGGACAGCCAGGACAAGACGCUCCAGCCGAAGCAAUCCCAACUGCUGACGACUUCUGUUUCGACUGCCCAGCCGGACCACCAGGACCAGCCGGAAACCCAGGACCAAAGGGAGCCCCAGGAAACGCCGGAGCCCCAGGAGCCGACGGAAACCCAGGACAACCAGGAGCCCCAGGAGCCCCAGGAGCCCCAGGACCAGCUGGACCAGACGGACAGCCAGGACAGCCAGGACAAGACGGACAGCCAGGAGUCGUCGAGGAGGUUCAAGUCCCAGCCGGACCACCAGGACCAGCCGGACCAGCUGGACCACCAGGACCAGACGGAGCCCCAGGACAGCCAGGACAACCAGGACAGGACGGACCACAGGGACCAGCAGGAGACGCCGGAUCCGACGGAGCCCCAGGACAGCCAGGAGCCCCAGGAGAGCAGGGAUCCGCUGGAGAGCCAGGAGCCGGAGGCGGCUGCGACCACUGCCCACCACCAAGAACCGCGCCAGGAUAUUAA